AUGUUGUUGUUAUCUAUUGGUCGAAGGUUGGUGUUGAGUGACCGUAAGGCUUCUGUGCGAUACGUAAUGAAACGAACACGAACGAUUAAACAUGAUGUGAACGAAAUAUCAAACAAAUAUGCUAAACGGUUAGCUAAUGAACAAUACAACGUUAUCAAAACUUCCCAAAAGGAUGCGAAAGAGGUUGCAGUGGAAAAGCUGAAGAAUGGGGAAGUUAUUGCGAUACCGACGGAUACGGUUUACGGGCUAACGUGUAGUGCCAACAAUCCGAAGGCGAUAAGCAAUCUGUACAAGAUUAAAAAAAGGAAUGAACUGAAACCCGUCGCUAUAUGUGUACCUAAGAUCGAGGACUUUCGGUGCUGGGGUGAGUCAGAUCAUUUGGUCGAUGAGCUGCUGAAAGAGUUGCUACCGGGUCCAGUCACGAUAGUGGUGAAAAGGUCUCCAAAAUUAAUUCGCGAGCUGAAUCCCGAUGUGCCGAACAUAGGAAUAAGAAUAACGGAGAAUAGUUUUAUACAGGAAGUAUGCGAAGCUUUUGGUGAACCUAUCGCAUUGACCAGUGCAAACAAGAGUUCCAGCCAAAGUACGUUGAAAGUAACAGAAUUCAAAGAACUUUGGCCCGAACUGGGUGCCGUGUUCAAUGGCGGUCAGUUGGGGUUGUCGGAAGCGCAGCGAGCAGCCUCGACGGUGAUUGAUUUGUCCGUACCAGGACACUAUAAGAUCAUCCGCCGUGGGGUGUCGGUGGAGGAAAUUAUAAAAAUAGUCGAAAAGUACAACAUUAGACCAAGCGUUUGA